GUCGGCCGUCGCUCAUCAGUGACGCUACCUCGCCCAGUGUUUUGUUUGCUUGUGCGCAGAGAGAGAGAGAGAGAUGGCGAUGAGAAGCUGCUCUAAUGGAGCUCAAAGAUUUCUACGUCUACUUCGAUCUCCUGCUUCUCUAAUUCGAAGCUUCUCAUCUUCGAUCUCCAUUCCAUCUCAGUUGGAGAGGGUUGGAUUCAUAGGCUUGGGAAAUAUGGGUUUCCAUAUGGCAACUAAUCUCGUCAACAGUGGAUACAAAGUCACUGUCCAUGACAUUAACUAUGCUACCUUGAAGAGGUUUUCGGAGAAAGGAAUCUGUACCAAAGAAACUCCUUCCGAAGUUGCAGAAUCAAGUGAUGUCGUAAUAACAAUGUUACCUUCACCCUCUCAUGUUUUGGAUGUGUUUACAGGCCAAAAUGGCUUGCUGCAUGAUGGAAAUAAUCUAAGACCAUGGUUAUUUAUAGACUCUUCUACAGUUGAUCCACAAACUUCUAGAAAGCUGUCUGCUGACAUUUCUAAAUGCAUUCUAAAAGAAAAGAAAGGGAAUCUGUGCAAUCCAAUCAUGCUGGAUGCUCCUGUCUCUGGAGGGGUACCUGGUGCAGAAGCAAGAACACUUAGUUUCAUGGUUGGUGGGCCUGAGGAGGCUUAUCUGGAAGCCAAGCCCUUAUUUCUCUCAAUGGGGAAAAAUACAAUUUACUGUGGUGGUGCAGGAAAUGGUGCUGCAGCUAAAAUUUGUAAUAAUUUGGCGUUGUCUGUAAGCAUGCUUGGGGUUUCUGAAGCUUUAGCUCUUGGCCAACGUUUGGGCAUUGCUGCUAGCACUUUGACGAAUAUCUUCAACUCCUCAAGUGCUCGCUGUUGGAGUAGUGACAGUUAUAACCCAGUUCCUGGAGUAAUGACAGGGGUGCCUUCUUCAAGGAAUUAUGAUGGUGGGUUUUCAUCUAAACUUAUGGCUAAAGACCUGGGACUGGCCGCGGCAGCAGCAAAGGAUGCUGGCAUCAUGUGCCCCUUCACUUCCGAGGCUCUCCGCAUAUACGUGCAAAUGUGCGAGAAGGGCUACGACUCUAAAGAUUUUUCCUCUGUGUUCCGUCAUUACUACUCUGGCAAAGACGAGGAAUAAAAUCUACUAAGGGAGCGUAUAUAUGUACCGCCUCAACGUCAAAAUAUGCUAUGAAUUUUUUUUAAAAAAACACGGUGCUGUUGUUCUUCGAGGACUGUUGUUGUGUGUAGAUAUGAUGAUGGCAUUGUGUUUGUCAGACUAGCUGUGGCUCAAACAAGAAAUAAAUAAAGUUUAUUUGGCUUGAAGUUUC